GUUGGAAUAAGUUCGUUGGCCAAGGCGAAGCCAAAAUUAGUGCACCCACAGGCCAGUGCCAGAGCGGAUCUUCUCUAGACUUCGAUCAUUCGACAUGCAGUUGAUCUAUUUGACGCUGGGAUUGGGACUGAUCUUCACCACUGCCCUUCAGGCGGCCAUCAUACCACUGACCCUGAUCAAAAACGGAGUUGGAGCGAAUCAAGCGCUUCCCAUGGAUACGGAGAAGUUUGGUUACCUGGAAUUCAAGCCCAAUGGAUCACUAAUACUCAGAAGGACGCCCAAUCAGAGCGGCAAUAACCUACAGGACCUGGUGAUGCUGAGAGGAGUUCUUCAGGCUCUUAAAGCGAAUCCCUCGAAAAUGUCGGAAAUCCGUGGCGAAACGCCAUUGAGCCUAAGGAUCUAUGGAGAUGGAGUGGAGCACAAGUUUCCGCCCAUACUGGAGAAUAUCAUCCAACGCAUUCAAACGUAUUUUUCGGUUUAUCGCUUUACGGAUACAAGCAAACCCGGUGGAUUCCAGCGAAUUGAACUUACUACACAGCCGGCGGAGGAUUCUCCGGAUGUAACCACAAUAAAAGCCGAGAACAAUGAUGAACUGAUAGUAGUCGGAGAGCAGGACGCGUACAUUACAGUGGGUGAUGAUACAGACUAGAAAUAAAGCUAUUUAAUACAUAUUUAUUCACCUAGCUAUGUAAGAUGAUAAAAGUGCCGUACUUCAAAUAUUUUUUGAAAAUAUAUCACCCUCAUUCGCAAAUA